GCUUGAAGUUUUAGGAAGGUCUGUAUUACAAGGAAAGUUGUGUUAAUUAUUCUGUGCUGGUUUUCUCUCAGGUAGAAGCUGUGGGAUAGGGAUGGCGGCUGUUUUUGGCGUCUUCUGUUGGUCUAUAGUGUUUCUAGCGCUGCCUGUUACACCAAAUGGGAAUGACUUUAAUGGGUACUUCACAGCAUACUCUCCAGGAAUCAUACAAGAUAUCUGGCAUAUUCCUGCUGCUGCAGCACAUUUCCUGAAUGAAGAUCCUCAGCCUCACAAUUUUGGCGAAUUUGCAUCCGUGUUUCCAAUGCCAUAUGAUAUACAGGCUCUUCUGGACAGAAGAAACAGUUUUUCAUUAAGGAUCAUGAACUCAUCUUGGAGUGGUCCAGCGGAUAAUGUGUUCUACAGAGGAGAUCAGUUGUAUCUGCAGGUGUCUGCCUCACCUGGACCUGGUCAACAGCUCUAUGUCCAGUCCUGCCAUUCUUCCUCUUCUCCAAACCAUGCUGACAAGCCUGAAGUUGCCCUUAUCAUUAACAAAGGAUGUGUGGCCUCCAAAGAGUCUUUGGUGAAGUUUGUGAUGCAACAGCCUGACAGAGUGAAUUUGAUUGUUCGUACAUCCAGUUUAAAGGCUUCUGAGAGUUACAUUCACUGCAGAGUCUAUCUUACAAAUAUGGGUGUCACCCCUACCACUAAAUUCUGCAACUACAACAAGCUGAAAUCCAGAUGGGUAGACCUGAGUGGACAAACUUCAGUAUGUGAUUGUUGUGGGAGAAGGUGCAGAAACUUAAUUGAGCGUGUAGAACUACCUGUUUCUCUAGACCUUACCGCAGAAGUAAGCACCGGCCCGCUGGUAUUCAAGGAUCAAGAAUCUGCUCCACAGGCCACACCGCUGACUCUGUCAGACAACAGCACUAAGUCCAGCCCUACAGCCAGAGAUGACUCCGAUAAAAGAUUGAUCAUAGCAGGUACCUCUUUCUCUGGGAGCUCAAUGCAAAAUGUUGGCAAGGUCUCCCCCUGGCCUGUCCAGCGUGGUUUUGGUGGUGUGAUGGUCAUCAGCCAGGACCUGGAAGGUGAUUUAUCAAUGUGGCUACCAGACAUGGAGUUUGAGUUUAACCCAGUGGUGCAGAUGGGGACUGGUUAUCCAGAAAAUCCUGAUGAUAUAACCUUUCAUAAUGCUGAACCCUCUAGAAAGCUGAAACCAGAUGAAAGCACUGUUGAGAGGAGUCAGGCAGUUGCUGUGGAUGAAGGAAGAGUUUAUGCAGGAGCUGUGGCUUCACAUGAUGUAAAGGACUGGUUGGACAUGUGGCAUCUUAAUGAUGUUGACCACUUGCAUAAAACUCAGGAGAAACCUGUCAUGACUUCAGCGGAUUAUCUAGACCAGCCUCAACUGCAUCUUGAAUCUGAAUUUGACUUUACUCCAAAUGACCAGCCCCUGAUCAGCCCUACUCCAGAAAAGCUCUCUGAGAGCGCCAAGGAUGGAGAAGCUGUCUUCAGACAGGCUGAGAUUAUCUUUAAUAGCGCUAAAGGAGCCAAAUUAUCAGAGCCAGUUCUCUACUCUAAACUGAGUCUGAAUCAAGCUGCAGAUGGAUCCAGUGUUCUCAAUUAUGAGGAACAGAAGAGGCCCAUGAUGAACAAACAGGACAAGAGGCCACAACUUGAGAAGAAUGGUGAGAAAAGCCUGAAGGAUGUGCGGAUGGAGGAUACCGCUAAAAUGAAAGGCCUAGUUUCAUCCCUAUUGGAUCAGCUGAGAAAACUGUGGACGGUGCAGUGACCUGUUUUUCAUCAUGCCUUUGUGUGACGUGAUUGUAACCGUGUAUAUUGUGGAAUAUAAAUUUAAAUAAACUUUUUUUUUUUUCCUGCCUUAUUAAAUGCACUCUCUUUUUGUCUCAAUUACUCCCCCCUCCUCCCCCAACUAAAGG